GAACGAUUCGCCAGACAGGGCCAGGCAGAUAUUCCCUUCCCGCCUGGACGGAUCGGUGAGAGCGAAUCCAGGUGUUUUUUUUUUGGGAGGGGUGGGCAACUUCUUGCACAUAUCGAGAAAAUAGUCUUGUUCGUCCAACAUCUCGCCAGAAAAAAACAAAACUCAACCGACUCCGGCCACUUCUGCCAGACCGAAGCCCUGGCAGUCAUCCCAAGGACCCCCAACCCCUACCGACCAGAAUUAGUCCCCUUUCAGCCGAACACUGGACUUGGGCCGUCAGAGCCCCUCGUCCUCUCUUGUCACCAUGAGCCCCACUGGCACAUCAACUCCAACACAUCACUCCGGUGUCUUCACCGGCAGGACAAGAAAACGGUUUGUUUCAUACAGGCUUCGAGGAGAGUAUGAGAAGCCAUGGCUGGAGGAUCCCAAGUUCAAACGCACAAAGUACAACAACUAUGUGAUCUAUGUCUUUGUGUUCUUGGGUGUGUGUGCAGCAGGCGUGGUCGCCUACUUCCAGAUCCAGCCUGCAAUAUCAGGCCCAAUAUGUCUUGUGUAUGAAGACGCAUUUGACCAAGGGAAGCUGGAUGACAAAUUUUGGAAUUAUGAGGUCACUCUUGAUGGCUUUGGAAACAGGGCAUUCGACUGGACAACGUCUGACCCGUCCAAUGUGUACACGGACGAGAAGGGUCUGCACAUCGUGCCAACGCUCACAAAUGAGACCACAUCCAUCACCACAGACCAGAUGUGGAACAAUUUCACCCUCAAUCUCACUGCUGAUGGCACUUGCACGGAGAGCAGAGCUGCCGCAUGCGUCGCUCGCUCAAACUCAACCAAGGGCGACAUGAUCCCGCCAGUCAGGUCAGCCAGGAUCAACACGAAGGGCAAGAUGGGCAUCAAGUACGGGAGGGUUGAGGUCGUCGCCAAACUUCCCAAAGGCGACUGGCUGUGGCCUGCCAUCUGGAUGAUGCCCACAGACUCUGCAUACGGCGAGUGGCCCAGGAGCGGAGAGAUGGACAUCAUGGAGUCCCGGGGCAAUGGGGUGUCAUAUCCUGGCGGCCGAAACGUCUACUACACAACAUUGCACUGGGGCCCCAGCUCUGUUCUAGAUAGCUACUGGAAAACCAUGGCUGUGAGGACCCAGCGCCGAGGAGACUUUGCUGAUUCCUUCCACACAUACGGCCUCGAGUGGACGGACAAGUAUAUCUACAUGUAUUUCGACGACAGGCUCACCCAGGUCCUCUACACCAAGUUCCACUCGGACAGGACGCUUUGGCAAAAGGGGGGGUUCUCUGAGAAGUCUGAGAAUGACACGCUUCUUGACAACCCCUGGUCGAACACCACAAGCACCACAGGGAAUGCCCCAUUUGACCAAGAAUUCUACCUUGUCCUCAAUGUUGCCGUUGGGGCCAGGAAUGGAUGGUUUGAGGACGGGAAGGGAGGCAAGCCAUGGGUUGAUGCAGGCACCAAUGCCCAGUGGACCUUCUGGGACGAUGCUGACAGUUGGCUUCCAACAUGGGGCGAAGGAGACUCGAGAGGAAUGACUGUCAAAUCUGUCAAGAUGUGGCGAUCAGGCUCAUGCGGGUCCGCUGAGCUGUAAUCAUGAUUACAGCAAGUAUGCAAUUCAUAUCUCGUAUUAAUGAUAGAGUUGGGCGUUUUGACGUGUUCUGGGUACGGUCACAUGGCGCUUGUGGAAAUGGGAGGAGAGGAGAGCAGGGCUGAGUAAGAAAUGUGCCCCUGGGAAUUUAUGACCCCCCUUUUCUUGUUAAGUCUAGGAUCUUCAAGAUCUUCAGAUUGCAUACCAUCUUAGACCAAAGGCUUACACCUACCCACCUGUACCAAGUUUUCAAAACAAGAACCUGCGGGGUACCUGUGUGCUGGGAAAGAUCAUCACGGCGGGUGUGAUUAGCGAUCGUCGAUCUGGCCUGUCAUGUUCCUGAAUGCGGCGCCAGUCACUCAUCAAAACAGUCAACUAUCAGCUUGUCCACAAAGCAGUGCUCGAGUCUUUGGGCUCUCGGGCAUGAUGUAACCUCGUGCGUUCCCCUGAUCUUGUCCGGCCUCCCAUGGCUUAUUUAAACUUCUCGGAUGUGCCCGCGGACGGCGCUAUCGGGGCAAACUCUGGUGUGGGUGGCAGCGAGCAUUUGACGAGACUGGCCACGUUUCUUUUCAAAUGGCCAUGAGAAGGGGAGAUUACAUAGUACUUGUCCAUGGUCCCAACAACCAAAGCUGCAGGUGUGAGGUGGCUGGGUGGCUGGUCGCUGUUGGGCAGCCGGCAGCUGCACGGCUCAUCGGGGAUAUUUUGCCGGUAUACUUACUUAUUCGGGCUGGUAGCAAUGACCAGGAAAGCAUGGGCGCCUGUCCUGGUGUCAAAGGGGCCGGAGAGCUUUGAUUGACAGCCUGACAGCUCAAACCCAGUCGCUAGUGGCGCUGGGUUGGGCAUGUCCGCGGCCUGGAAGUUGGAAGUGAGUGCCAAUGUGGUCGAGGAAGCGCGGGAGGAUUUGGCCGAGCGUUCCUUCGUCAAACCCAAAUACAC